CGCAAGGGCGCGCAGCGGACUGGAAUGGGAGCGGAACAUGGGCACCGUACCCUGCGAGGCGGGCGUGUGGAGGGCGGAAUCAACCACUGACGUGCAGCUCAGGAUCGCGUAACGCAACUCGACACAGCAAAAUUUCGCAUAACUCCCGCAGCCGUGAACAGAAAGCCCCUAAACACAUAGUACUACACGUUGGUGGGCCGCCUCGGACUCCGCGAGCACUAUCAUAACAUGCAGUGCUCAAAUACCUGCACUGUGCGCACGAGUGAAUCCUGGUGCAUGCGCUCUUGCUCGCUGGUGUGUCUGCCCUUACGGCAAGGAUUCAAGACGCUCUGGUAGAUAUAAAGCCGUAGGAGUGCCAUGGUCCAGUACAACGUGUCACACGCCCUUCUAUGUCUCCAAAUCGGAAACAUCGUUGUCGUAUUCUUGUCUGGCGUAACCUUUGGCAAGAUAUACCGAUACCUUACCUCAAACAAGUAUCAAGAAAGUCCGCUCUGGGAAAAAUGCUUGGUUUCGUAUAUGCUCUGUCUCCAGGGCUUACACACCGCACUAGUGAUCUACACCUUGUUCAGCGCCAUUCUUCACUGGCACAAGCUCGAUAACUUGGAAGACAAUACCGUAAUUCCGUACGGUAUUGGAUUCUCCAUGUUCGUCGGAAGCUGUAUGAAAACGACCGUGCAGGCGUUCGUCAUCAGACGCGCCAAGCAGCUCUCUAGUCAAAAAUGUAUACCCAUUUUGUGUUGGGUGCUGAUAACACUGGGGCUUGCCGGAUCUCUUGGGUGCUCUAUAUCUGCUAUAGGAAAUACUUUCGGUGGAUACAGUGUUUUAUGGUUGGAUAUCCUAGCUGCCGUCUUGGCAACGAGCAUUGCGGUGGACCUUACAAGUGCCGCGGUACAAUGGAUAUUUCUUUACAAACAAAGUAAAGAGUCCCCGGAUCAUACAAAAAAGCUCGUGCAUCGUAUUAUUUUGUUGAUAAAGAGGACAACGCUUGUUACGAGCUAUAUACGUGCUGACACAAUUAUCGUAGUGGCUUGGAUAACGACGCUUCUGUUUCUUCCUGAAGUCUUCACGUUGACAUUUUUUGCUUCCUUACUAUCAACGGCAGAGGCCGACGCGGAUACCGUGACAAAUGUCCAGCCUCUGAUAAGCUCAUAUAUACUUCCGCCGCCAGCAUCUGCCACUCAUUCAGGAGAGAAGAACAAGCCUCUUCGACGCAAUCAAGGUUGA